AUGGGUAGGAUUUUAAGGAGGCCAGUAGCUGGUAAUUUGUUUUAUGAUCAUGCUAGCAAUCAAGACAUCUUAAUCUUCUGUUCUCAAUCUCUCAAAAGCAAGGUGCAACGGGAUUUUGAAGAAUUUUAUUCUGAAGCUUUUCGUCCACUACGGGAUUCACUAAAUCCAAGUCACAUUUAUUCAGUUUCAUUGCAAUUUGGCAUCCUUCUCUUCCAUCGCAACUCCCUCGCCUGCAACCACCAGGAGCUGUUCUAUGCCAAAUACAUUUCAGAUGAUGGGUGUGAUGCAUCGAAAAGACCGUUAUUACAGAGAGUUCUUUGCAAGUGUUCGGUAUUGUGGAACGGAAAAAUAGCAACUCAGCAAAUGGAAACGACAUACGGGGUCUCAAUCCAAAAACUGGAAGAGACACAUGUUGGCGAAUUGUGUUGCUUCCGCUGA